AUGUCCAACCCAACGUCGCCAAUUGCUGUGGUUCCCAGUCCCAGAAAGGCACUUCCAGCGACUGUGAAGAAUACCAUUAUGAUUUGUGACUACAUGACCAAACUAGGAAUGUCGCCGAAGGAGUUCAUGGUGACGUUCCUGUCCUCUACCGCGGACGAGAUAGUCUUCCGCCAACGCCUAAGCAAGAUAGGCCUAGGUGCCAGACAGACUCGAUCGAUCUUCAAGAAUCUCGGAAGAUUGACUUCGGCAUCUAACCAGGGACGAGAUGUAUGGGAAAAAUUGAUACUAGACGAGGCAUCGAAAAUUGUGAACGCACAAGAGGUGACACGGGCAGAGUUUCCAGUGGGAGGAUAUGUCAGCUCCAGCGCCAUUACACCCGACUUUUUCAGCGAGAGUGCAGAAAAAAGGAGAAAUGAGCUGGUCCAGACCGCCCUAUCGAUGAAGAAGAAACAGGCCGCGCGUGACAGUGAUGAUGUUAUGGAGUCAUCCCAAAAUGAUACAAGCUCUUUAGGAUCAGACGGCGCUGCCCCUGGGGAGACUCGAAUUGAAGGGGCGGUCGAUGAUGUGACCGUUAUGUCGAUGGAAAAUCUGGUGUUCCCACUAUGUAAUGCCAUACCAGUCGCCAAUGGGCUCAUGGCCUUAGCUGGCGGAGUGUCAUGUCGGGUUCACGAUUGGCUCCACGCUUUGGGCCUGGCGAGUUCCAGACCGACCGUCCUGCUCGCAAUCGAUCAUUUCCGUCAGUUACAAGAAAAGCGGAUGAUGGACCUAUUUAAAAUUAAUCAUAAGCUUAUGCCCUUUCUAUGUUAUGAUAACGUCGACAUCAACUUGAAAAUUCACAACACUUGUGUCGAAAGAAACACAAGACUGUUUCAUGGUACCUGGGGUUAUUUCAACGUCAUUCAACCCUCACUCUUGGCCGAGUGCACGCCAGAAGACCUCGCUCUGCCGGUGUUUUUGGAUCGCAUGGCUGUAGCCGACCGAACCCCAGUGGACUUGUCGUUAUUCACCCCUGGCCCUGCGGAAAGCAAACAUUGGAGGUCCGUGUUAAAAGCUCAACUGGCCAAGGCGCUGAAAGAUUAUAUAACACACAUACCCGGUGCGCCAGACGUCAGCAAGUUGCCCUCGCUUAAGAUGAAACCGUGCCCCAUCGAUCCUAUUGUUAUGCACAAACCAAAUUUACACUUCCUACGCAUGAUGGACGCCCCAGACUCGUCAGCCGAGGGAUUUCAACACAAUCAUGAGAUCUGUGCAUAUUGUGCACACUGCGAACCUGGUGUUUGUACUGAGGCAAGUCCUCAAGUCCAUCAAGGAUAUCGAUUUGACUCAAGCGGCCGAUUGUGA